AUAGUAGUUUACCUGCAGCCGUCUUCCACGUACCAAGACACAGGCGCGGGUUCGCGGCGUUUGUGUGCGGGAUUCAGCGGCAGCACGUGUGCUGUAAAUAAUAUCACCAAUAGUGUCAUAGUAUGACACUCAUUUAGUGGUGUUUCAAUAAAUAUAUAAUCUUUUUUUUAUUUUGUUUUUUCCGUCUAUAAAAGUAUAUAUUUGCUUUACCUUUACGAUCACAGUGUAAUCUAUUUCCGGCAACCUAAGUAUGCGAACCGAGGUCGCUGGUGCCGCCGAAAGUUCGUACACGAAAUAGUGCAACAAUGUUCGGUCUACAUAAUGUUACGUUGUGGUGCAGUGACUUAACCGUUGCGCGAGGACCGUCGUCCUUAUCACUGCUUACGUCGUGCUCGCGAGUAUCGCUGUGAAACGGUCGUCCGAUGGACGUGUUCAACCAGUCGCUAAACACGGGCUUAGGCGGUGCGCCGCCGCCCGAUAAGCUAACGGCUGAUGUGUCUUUUGGUGCUGGUACUACGGAAGAGUUUAACCUGAGCUUUUUCGACGAUACCACCACUGAUACGGCGGGUUCCGAAAGUCACGAUCCUUCGUCGUCUCAGGCAUUUCCCGACGACCCAGGUUCUGUUGAAUCGGCCGUUUUGUCCCCGCACGCAACGUUUCAGGACGUCUGCGUGCAAUCGCCGAGUAGCUCGACUUACCGGCCGCCUCCAACGGCUCAGGCGUACGUAUCGGCGACUCGUCCGCCCGCUGUUAACGCCAACACUACACCGUCCUCCUCGACGGCCGUCCCAGAUCAACAUUUUGCGGCGGCUGACUCCAACACCACGCCAGCUAAAUCAUUUGUACCUUGCCGUGUGUGCGGCGACAAAGCGUCUGGAUAUCAUUAUGGCGUUACAUCGUGUGAAGGCUGCAAGGGAUUUUUUAGACGCAGCAUUCAGAAACAAAUAGAAUAUCGGUGCCUAAGAGACGGAAAAUGUUUGGUAAUUCGCUUAAAUCGGAAUCGAUGCCAAUAUUGUCGUUUCAAAAAAUGUCUGACGGUUGGAAUGUCCAGAGAUUCUGUUCGAUACGGAAGAGUUCCGAAGAGAUCCCGCGAACAACUCGAGUCUGAAUCGAAGACAGUGACCGCAGCAGAUUCGAUGGCGACCGCUGCCGUAGUGACUACAACGACCACAACUCCAACUACGCCGGUAGUUUUAGUCCCAUCUGCUGCUGAUCCAAUACCUACUGCGAUAGCUGUAAUAGAAACUAACUGUGGUAACGUAUCUGUUUCGUACGACGUUAUUGCUGCCAUAUCUCAAGCUCAUCUUACUAACUGCGAUUACACGGACGAGCUGACAAGAACGUUACUACGAAAACCAGUCGCUUCUCCCCCGACACAAGGUUGUUCUAGUCCGGAAGUGGCUUCAUCGACAGCAGACAGUGAAGAACAACAAAAGAUCUGGCUUUGGCAACAACUAGCCGCACACAUCACGCCUACGGUACAGAGGGUAGUAGAAUUCGCAAAGCGAGUUCCAGGUUUUGUUGACCUCAGUCAAGAUGAUCAACUCAUACUCAUCAAAGUGGGAUUUUUCGAAUUGUGGCUGUGUUACGUUUCCAGAUUGGCCACAGAUUUGUCGCUGACUUUCUAUGACGGCACGUUUAUCACGCGACAACAACUAGAGCUUAUUUACGACGUGGAAUUUGCCUCUAGUGUGUUCCAGUUGGUGACAUCUUUUAACAGCUUGUCUUUAACUGAUACAGAAGUUGGACUUUUUGCUGCCAUAGUACUACUGACUCCUGAUAGACCAGGAGUAUCUGAAGUGAAAACUGUACAGCAUAGUCAGGACCGAAUAGUCGAAGCAUUUAAAUUACAACUGAGCAAAAGUCACGGGGGAGACAAGAAUUUAGCACAAUCUGUGUUGUCAAAGUUGCCAGAGUUACGAACAAUCGGUCGCCGUCAUGUUGCAUACCUCGAGUGGUUCAGGUUAAAUUGGCACAUGCUUAAAUUGCCACCGCUUUUUGCCGAAAUAUUCGACAUACCCAAAUGUGAAGAAGAUUUGCAUCAAGGCUGAAAUACUAUCAUCGUCCAACGUUUUACGAUGUACACGAUGACUGGGGAAUCGUUUUAUCACUUAUUCGUUUUAAUUGUUAUCUUUGCAUUUAAAACUAAUGUUUACUUCCUAAUCAACGAGUAAAAUAAUAAAUGUAUUUGCAAUCAAAACCAUAUAUUUAGCAAUAAUAUAAUUAAUUAAAAUAACUGUGGACUUGAAACAAUGCCAUGGAUAUCUUUCUUUGCAUUUGAAAGUGGGGAAAUUAUAAUAAGCAUCUCUAGGUAACCAAAAAUUACAUUUGUUCAGUCAUUUGAAAUAAAAUCAGGUACAAUUUGAGCAAUCAUUAUAGUUAAAAAGAAACAUUUUCUUGUUGCUUGUACAAUCGAAUAGGCACUUAAGAUUAUUAAUACAUAUUAUGACUUGCCGACGAAUAUCAAUAAUUUAUAAAUAGUAAUGAAUACUAUGUCCUAAUUUCUUAAUAGAACUGUUUCAAUAAAAAACUCAAUAGUUUUCAUAUCAUGAAUUUUUUAUUAUCACUUUACCUACCUAAUGUGUUCAGAGCUUAGUGGAGUACAAUAUAAUGUAUUAUACAUUACCUAGCUCCCUUCCCUCAUGAAAACGAAUAAAAUUACAAUAUAAUUGAUUAUUUAUUCGGUCUGGAGAAAAUGCUUGUCCUUGUACUGUGUUCAACAUUGACAAUCUUGAGUUUGUUAUUAAAACGUAAAAGACAAAAAUAAGCAAUAUUUUAUUAUAGUGAAUUAAUUCUAGUUUAAAAUGAUUUUGAAAUAUAAUUAUUAAAAGGUAUAUAUUAUAUUAGGCUAUGAUAAUUAUAACAAUGAAAAUUUCAUUUUCUAUUUAUACAUAAAUAUUCUUUUUUAUAAUUUCACUAGUCAACUGAAGCAAUUUUGGUCCAGAAACUUGUAAGCAAACAAAAACGCUUUUAUGUGAUAUAUUUUUUAGUUGAAUUUUGUGUUUGAUCUUUUACAUUCCAUUGGUUCUUUUUAUAUUUAAUUGUAGACUGUAAGUCUUAAAAAUAUAUUAUAAUCUUCUCGAUUUAUUUAUUGUAGUUCAUACGCUGUUAUUGUUAUUGUUGUUGUUAAUCUUUUUUUGUUAAUUUUACAAAUGAUCCGUUUUAGAUUGAAAAAAAGUGCAAUAUACGCGUAUAUAUUGUGUAGAUAUUUUUUAUUGCUUUAUUACCCAACAAUAAUUUUUGUGAAUGCAGAUCAUUUCCCUCUCAUUUUUCAUUUGUUAUUCUUAGACCAUCUUUAUUUUUGUAUCUACUUUUCAUAUUCUUGACACGCAUAAAUAAGUACUUUCCCAAUUCAUAAUACAAUCACAGGGUAGUUUAGUUGUUUCAAAUUGUUUAUGUAUACAUAAAAAUAUUAAAUGAAAUGUUUCGAUUUCUUUUUCUUUCUUUUGUAUAAAUUUAUGUAAUAUCAUAUCUCAUAAGAUUUAUUAGAAUAAUUUUUCAACGCCAAGGUAGUUUAUUGAAUAUAUAUAUUACUUUAAAAAAGUUUUGUGUGACAAUCACGGAUACUAAAAUGGACUCACCUUUACCUUUCGCAAUAACUAGGUUAAUAUGUUAUAUAUUAUAUAUUUUUAGACCAUAGUGAUGUUAAAAGAAACAUGAUAAAAUUCAAUUUUUAUUUCACUAUUUGUAAAAUGUUUCUUCAUUUGUUUUACUAUAGUCUAUAAUUUAUCUUAUAUCAAUUGUAUUUAUAUUAUGUUUUUGUUAUUUUAAAUUUCUAUUAUUUAGUAAUUAUAAUAUACAUUCGUUAAACAGUUUUUAGGAAAAAAAAAAAUUCUAUUUGAUUUAGAAAUUAGGACAUCUUUUGUAUAGAUGUGAUCCUUUUAUUUGGAUUUCAAUCUGAUUGUUAUCAGCAAACAAAAUAGUCGCUCUCGCUAAUAGAAAAAUUUUUAGAUCUAGGUUUAUCUUUUUUCUACUUUUUUAUCGAAAAAAUUUUUAUUAGUGUUAUUUUCAGUAAUUUAGCGUUGUAUUAGUUAUUGUAACUUAUGUAAUAGCGUAAACACAUGUACCUUUUCUAUAAAAAAAAAAUACAAUUAUACUUCGUAGACCAAAAAUUACAAUUUUAUUUAAUAAAAGACUUGUACAUUUCAUGUAGCUAUAAUUACAUUGUUAUAAUUUUCAUUACAAUUUAAAAUUUACUUUUUACAUGUUAAAAUAACUUUAAUUUUUAUAAUUUAAUUUUGUUCCAAAUUAGUGAAAAAUUAAACAAAAUUUAUGUAGAUCAUAGGUUCUAUGUAAUCUUAAAUAAUUUUAUUGAAAUUUUAUUCUCAUAUUUAUUUAGUAUGUAUUAUGAUCAGUAUUUUCUUAUAUUUUUUUGUUUUUAAGUGCAGAACUUAUUGUAUUUUAAAUUUGAAACUAUAUUGUUAAAAUUUAUAGUGUAAUAGACAAAAAUAAUACUUUUAAAAAAUAAGUGUCGUUUAUUAGUUAUUAAUAAAUAAUUUUAUAGCUUUAUUAGUAAAGUUUUAACGUUUCACGACUUUUUAGGUUUAACUUUUGUUUAUCAGUAUUUGUGCUUGUUACACAAUAUUAUGUUUUAUUUGUAUUCAUUUUUUCCAUUUAUUAUUAUUGAUAUUUUAUUUAAAACACUUAUUAGUAUGAACAAAUAAACUGACGAUCGAAAUUUCUUGAAGAUAA